AUGUACAAUCUAUCCGAUAACGUUAUCUUUGCGGAUGCGGACAUGCAGUACCUACACAUCACUAUCGGGUCCGUGCACUUAGCGCCAAUCUUGAGCCUCACCUAUUCAUCCCACCUAAGAUCUCAACCGCCGACAUCUCGCAACUCGACAUCACGCGAGCAUAUAUCAACUCCAGUAACAAUGUCAGGAUCAACUACAACACCAAGACGUCCGCCGAACGUUCCUUUCUUUCUAGUUCCCCCAGAACUAUUUUCAAUAGUCACAGAUGCCGCCCCCUUCCCUAUCUACCGUUGCUCCAGUGUGUCCCCCGAGAACCGACCUUUUCUUAAAACUUUAAAUCUUAAAACCAUACUUUCUCUUACUGCCGAGAAGCCCUCGAAGCCACUCCGCGCCAUAUCGGAGGAGCAGAACUUGAACUUGGUCCACCUCGGGCUCUGGCAGCCUCGCAAUCUGGAGGCUUCCCAGCCAUUAUCAAAGGGCGCGGUUGAAAAAACGUUACAAUUACUCACUACCGACAAUCUGCCGGCCUUAUUGGUGGACGGAGGUCAUGGGAUUUUUGUGGGCGUGCUGAGAAAGCUCAUGGGGUGGAACCAUACUAGUAUAAUUCUAGAGUAUCGGUCCUUCGCAGGCAACCAUCCGAGAUAUGGAAAUGAGGAGUUUAUCGAGAUGGUUGACACUUCGCGGAUUAAUAUUCCCGAGGGAAUUGAGUUUCUAGCUUGGCACGGUCCCAAGAGCAAUGAAGAGGACAAAGAGGGGGAAAGUGAAGGAGGGGGAGAAAAGAAUAAGGGGGAGUCAAAGGAUGUGGGGGUUACUAGUCGUUCUCGAGCUGAGCUAGUUAAGAAAUAA